UGUUCUCUGUGCAUUGACAAGUUGACGUGUUUAGGAUAUUUUUCAGCUUUGCAAUAAAAAUGAUUGACUCGGUCUAAAUAAAAGUGUCGUCGUUUCGGUUAUAGUAAUUAGAAUAAAAUAUGCGUAAAGCAGUGAUAACAAUCGUAGUUCUGUGUUUAUCGGCGGUUCUAGGAGACGAGCAUACUCACAGUUAUGACGAGCACGAUGAAGUGGUGCUAUGGAUGAACACAGUCGGCCCGUACAGCAAUCGACAGGAGACAUAUGCAUAUUUCUCGCUGCCGUUCUGUGUCGGCACAAAGACAACCAUCAAUCACUACCACGAAACGUUGAGCGAAGCGUUGCAGGGCGUCGAAUUAGAAUUCAGCGGCUAUGAGAUUGAAUUCAAAGAUGACAUUAGUGCGACCGAAAUCUGUAUGGUCGAAUUGAAUGACGAAAAGGUGCGCGCCUUUGCGUACGCAGUCAAAAAUGACUACUGGUAUCAGAUGUACAUCGACGGAUUGCCGAUAUGGGGCAAAGUGGGCGAAAAGGAGGACAAAAAGUAUUACAUUUACACACACAAGCGCUUCGACAUUGGCUACAACAACAAGCGCAUCGUUGACGUUAACAUACAAACGGACAAAAAGGAACUGCUGACGCCGGGCGCUAAAAUCAAAUUUACUUACGAAGUGAAUUGGAAGCCGAGUAGCGUGAAAUUUGAAGAUCGUUUCGACAAGUACUUGGAUCCGACGUUUUUCCAGCACAGGAUCCAUUGGUUCAGCAUAUUCAACAGUUUUAUGAUGGUGAUAUUCCUGGUGGGGUUGGUAUCGAUGAUUCUGAUGAGAACGUUGAGGAAGGACUACCAGCGAUACAGCAAAGAUGAAGAAAUGGACGAUAUGGAACGUGACCUGGGUGACGAGUAUGGAUGGAAACAAGUGCAUGGAGACGUGUUCCGGUCGCCGUCACACAAUAUGUUUUUCUCCGCAUUGGUCGGUACUGGCUACCAACUGACAACCGUCGUACUUUGUGUCAUUGUUUUUGCAAUCUUCGGUGAACUCUACACCGAACGAGGAUCAAUGCUAUCAACGGCAAUAUUCGCGUACGCAGCAACGUCACCAGUUAACGGAUAUUUCGGCGGUUCGUUGUACUCGCGUCAGGGCGGCAAAGUGUGGAUCAAACAAAUGCUCGUCUCGGCAUUCCUCAUACCGGUUUGUGUGUGCGGCACCGCAUUUUUCAUCAAUUUCAUCGCCAUUUACUACCAUGCAUCGCGUGCCAUACCGUUCGGUACGAUGGUGGCCGUCACGUGCAUUUGCAUAUUUGUCAUAUUGCCGUUGACGUUGAUUGGUACGGUUGUCGGCCGAAAUUUGGAUGGUCAACCGGAUUUCCCGUGUCGAGUGAAUGCCGUCCCGCGGCCAAUACCCGAAAAGAAGUGGUUCAUGGAAUCGUACUUUAUUGUGCUGCUGGGUGGUGUGCUGCCGUUCGGAUCGAUCUUCAUUGAAAUGUACUUCAUUUUCACGUCGUUCUGGGCUUACAAAAUUUACUACGUCUACGGUUUCAUGUUGCUGGUUUUCCUAAUAUUGAUGAUAGUCGUCGUUUGCGUCACAAUCGUUUGUACUUACUUCCUGCUGAACGCAGAGGACUACCGAUGGCAAUGGACCAGUUUCCUGUCGGCGGCAUCAACAGCCAUCUACGUGUAUAUUUAUUCCUUUUACUACUUCUUCUUCAAAACAAAAAUGUACGGACUGUUUCAAACGUCAUUCUACUUCGGCUACAUGGCAUUGUUCAGCGGUGCACUGGGUAUCAUUUGCGGAACGGUCGGCUACAUUGGCACAAGUAUAUUCGUACGUAAAAUUUAUUCGAAUGUAAAAAUAGACUAAGAACACACCAACCCCCAGGAUGUGUGUAUUGAAUCCGAGAUGUUGUGGUCUCGGCUUUUGUAUCCGUUCGGUGUAAUUUAAAAAUUAAAAAUUUAAACAAAAAAAAAUGAAAUUGGUCGCUGUGCUAAGU